AUGCUCCUUUGCUCACGGGCACCAAUCUCUUGCAGAAAUGCAGCCCUCAUUGUCACCAUUGCAGCAUUCGCCGGCUCCUACUAUGUCUAUAAAGAUCCGCGCCAUUAUCGUCGUCGCUUGCUAUCAAGGCUAUGGUUCCUCAUUUGCAAACGUGAUCUUGCCGAAGCCAAAUUGGAACGCGAAUUACUCAAAGAACCCGAACCGGAUAUAAUUGCAUCUCAUACUCAAUACGUUGAUUUGAAUGGGCAUCGACUACGUAUUGUACACAUCAUUCAUGAGCUGGGAAGUCGAGUACCAUUACUUGUAUUUAUUCAUGGAUUGGGAGGACAGGUGGCACAAUGGCAGUACCAGCUUGAAUAUUUUUCCCAAACGGCCCAUGUGCUUGCCAUUGAUCUUCUGGGCUGCGGCAAAAGCGAAUUGAGUUACGACUGGGAUCCUUAUACGACAGCCAGCCUGGUCAAUGAUGUAAUAAGUCUGCUGACGGAUCGAUACCAAUACCCAUCAACUGUUAUCAUUGCGCAUGCCUAUGGCUGUUCCAUUGCUACUCAUGUGGCCGCAUCACCCUUGAUCCAACCAAGUUUACGUGGGCUGGUGUUGAUCUCUCCCAAGGAACACAUUGAUGAUUCACAAAAAAAGAGCAAAAGGAAUCUACGUUGGAUCCCCGACUGGUUAUUCGAAUGUGCAUGGACGGCCGACAGGAAGGGCGGGCUCUAUAGCAAAAGCGUGGAACGUCUCUUGGGUUUCGAUGCGGAAGAUCAAUUACGUCGCAAUCAGUUGCGUUGGAACUUGCUCAAUCGUACAUCCACCUAUAAGCGAUUCGUAUUCGGUGCCAGCUUUCCUCCACCCACCGUAUAUCAAAAAAUCAAUGUUGGCGUGCUUUUAAUCAGUGGAAGUGAGGACAAGGUGACACCGCCAAACGAUGUCAAUAUCAUACAUAAUCAUCUUCUUGGGCUGGACCCGCAAGACAUGAAUUGGGAACAUCUUAGUCACGCCGACAACAUUCGAGUGCCAGAACCUUAUGUCAUUCCAGAUGUUGGUCAUAUGCCCAUGGUCGUUCAUCCCGAACUGGUGAAUCCAGUAAUAUCCGAAUUCCUUAUCAAGAAUUGUGGUUUACAUACAUUGAGUGGUGCAUGGCAAGUAUUACACAAGACCAAAGGAGAAAACAAAUGGGAUUUAAAGAACUAUGAAAAGUGGUCACGUACACAAUGCAUCACGGCUGGACCGAUUGGGCCAUCGCUUUUUCGUGCUAUGAAGGUUAUGCGGCAAACCGAUAGCGCACAUUGUCCAUCAGGCUUUCUUGCCAAAUAUCCCGAGAUUGGUUUUAUUAUCGACAUUUCUAAUGACACUCCACCUUAUCGUGCAAGCGAUUUUGAGCAUUCACGCAUCGAGUACAUCAAACUACGAACGGUGUCCAAGAUUCCUCCUGAACGUGACGAUGUUGCAAAGUUUAUCGAGGUCGCUUCACAAUGCUGGGAGAAGAAGCCCGACGCACAAAUUGCAGUGCAUUGUCAUUAUGGGUUCAAUCGCACCGGCUUCUUUAUAUGUUGUUACAUGAUUGAGCGAUUGGGUGUCUCUGUACCAGAUGCAUUGCGUUAUUUUGCAGACGCACGACCACCAGGAAUUAGACACGCUCAUUUUGUAGAUGAACUCUAUCUUCGAUACGUUUUACCCGCGAGAUCCUCAUAG